CCUCAACCAGUUGUCUCAGAUGUUUCCAAAAGGUUAGACAACCUAGAAAGAAUGAUGGCCGAGCACCGAAAUCCCCAACCUCCAACUCAGCCCAAUGCUACCCCAAUCCCUAUCCCCCUUAAUACCAACAUCAUCCAAAAACCGUACCCAUCUGGAUUCAAAAUGCCUCAAUUCGAGACGUAUGAUGGCAAUAAGGACCCCAAUGAUCAGUUGUAUGCCUUAUACUCUAUUAUGCAAACUCAGAAUGCCUCAGAUGCCUUGAUGUGCAAAAGAUUCCCCUCUACAUUGCGUGGAAACGCUCAGACUUGCUUAGCUGAUUUUGAUGGUGUCGUCGCACCACACAAUGACCCGCUCGUCACCUCAAUCAUUGUCAAUAACUGUGAAGUUCAACAUGUCUUUGUCGACACAGGAAGUGCUCCGAGCAUCAUGUAUUACCACUGCUUUGAGAGCCUUGGCCUUGAUCCUACCUUUUUACAGAAGUAUGAUGGCCCCAUUUAUGGAUUCAAUAAUCAGCCAGUCCUUGUGGAAGGAGUCCUGAAACUCAAUGUAGCAUUCAGUUUAAUCCCACCUCUACAUGAAAUUCUCCACCCCGUGGGAGUGGCGACUUUGAAAGGCAACCAAGAGAUGGCUAGGCAUUGCUACAUGACUUUGGUCAAACGACCUCGAAAGGAUAAGCAAUUAACUCUAAUGCCAACUCAGCUUGAAGUCUCAACUACACAACAAGUAAUGGGUGUAGAACUACUGGAUAACAGACUUGAGGAUGAGGCCAAGCCUACUCGGCAGAAGAAGUGGAAGAGCUCAAAAAAGGCACCUAUUUGGGGGAGAGAGGUUGCAAGCAAUCAGGGAAGAGGUGCAGAAGCUUUUACAGGCAGGGUUUAUAAGAAGAGUAAACUACUACGAAUAGAUAAGCUGGUAAAGGCUGCAUCCGGAAAUGAAUGGUUUAGUCUUUUAGAUGCUUACUCAGGAUAUCACCAGGUCCACAUGGCACCUGAGGACGGGGUGAAGACCUCCUUCAACACCGGUGAUGAGAUCUACUGUUACGUUAUGAUGCCAUUUGGACUCAAGAAUGCAGGGGCUAUGUAUCAAAAAAUGGUGAUGAUUGUAUUUCGAACUCAAAUCGAUAGCAAUUUGGAAGUCUACGUCGAUGACAUAAUGGUUAAAAGCCUCAAGGCAAAAGAUCAUUUGAUCAAUCUGGGAGAGACAUUUGACAACUUGAGAAAGCACAACAUGAAGUUGAACCCGGUCAAGUGUGUCUUCAGGGUUGAAUCUGCACAAAAAGACAAAGCAGGAAAGCCCAAAAAGUUUGAAUGGACCUCGGAGUGUCAAACUUCCUUUAACGAGCUCAAAGCAUACCUUAACUCACCACCUCUGCUAACCAAGGUUAAAGAGGGUGAGAUUCUUUACCUCUACCUUGGGAUAUUCGACAAAACGCUGAGGUACUUCAUAGCAGAAAAAGCAACUCUGGCAGUUGUCACUACAACCAGGAAGCUGAGGUCGUACUUCCAGGUCCAUCAUAUUAUCAUCCUAAAAAACCAACCUCUAAGGCAGAUUUUGCAGAAGCCAGAAUGUUUAGGCAAACUCAUCAAGUGGGCAAUGGAACUAGGGGAAUUUCAAAUUACAUUUCAGCAGAGGUCAUUAAUCCGAGCUCAAGCUUUAGCAGAUUUUCUGGUUGAAUGCACUUCCAACCAAGGGAACACCAAUUUUGAAGUCGAACUAUGGACCCUCUAUGUCGAUGGAGCAUUUAACAGUAAAGAGUUAGGUGUUAGGGCAGUGUUGAUUGGACCUGAGAAUUUUCGAAGUCAGCAUGCUUUGAAGUUCAACUUUGAAGCAACCAACAAUAUGGCUGAAUAUGAGGCCCUUCUUCUCGGACUUCGUUUAGCAACCGAAUUGAAGUCAGAUCUCUACAGAAGUGGGAGGCCUGUUUAUGUUGAAGUCAUUAACGAACCAAGUAUUCAGACGUCAAAGGUGAUGGAAGUCAACAUUAAUCCUGAAACUCCAAGCUGGACAGAUCCUAUUAGGGCAUACCUUCGAGAUGGAACUGUCCCAAAUGAUAAGCGAGAAGAAAUGAAGUUGCAGAGAAAAGCAUCUUGAUACACCUUACUUGAUGGAAUCUUGUAUAAGAGGUCGUACUUGCUCCCUCUUCUUCAUUGCUUAACUCCUUACGAAGCCGAAUAUGCCUUCGCGAGGUGCAUGAAGGUGUAUGUGGGAGUCACAUUGGAGCUUGGACUCUAGCUCACAAAAUACUCCGCCAGGGAUAUUAUUGACCCAAUGUGUAAGAAGACGCUAAGAAAUAUGUUCAAAAGUG